AGCAUACAGUUAGUAAAGUAAUACAUACUCUAACUGAUGAUACACAUCGCUGCAGUCAUCUGGUAGCAGAAUGGUUCCAAUGAGUAUAAACGGAUGACAGACACUGGUCAUAGUCAAAUUGGAACCGUAGAUGAAAGCGAUGGCAGAAAAGAAUAAACAACCUAAGUACCAUCUGAGAUUGUUAGAGCCUAUACAGCAGUCCAACCUGGAAAAACACGAAGAAACAGCCAAUGACAAAAGAUUCUAAGGGAUCGGUUACACAAUUCCAAACAAAGUUCAAGAGAUGCUACGUACCAUUUACAAUGAUAUUCCCUAUUAAGUAUACAGAUCUGGCACAAGCGGCAGUGAUAAGCUUUGGGCGGUGCUCUUCUCCUGCAAGUGACGCAGAGUUCUCCGCUGCCCUCACCCAAUUCCAGACCCUGCACGUUGACGGCGCCUUCCUGGGCCGCGUGAUCCGCGUUCAGCUUGGCCUUGUAGCCGCACCAUAUGCCACCGACCACGCAGACCAUAAACAGGAGAUUCUCCUCGGGGAGGAUCUCCAGGAGCGGCACGACGCUCAUCUCGAACACCAGCAUCAGCAUCAGCACGCUGGUGAUCGUCCACAUGAGGAAGAACUUGGUGCGCAGCAGGAACCUGAGGAAGUUGUGGUGCAGGUAGUAAACGAGGACCGGCGUGGCCAGGAACACGAGGGUCGUGCAGAGGACGGUCUGGGCGGCGAUCACCGCCAGGGUCGGCACUACCAGCAGCGGCAGCAUCGCGUCCACGGAGAUCUGUUUCGCGCCCGCGCGCCAGCCGCACGGAUUACGCAGCCUCUCCCAGACGGUCAUGCUGCGUCAUCGACGGGACGAUCCUUGUUCACGACACUGACAUAUACCCGCGAGACGCGGCGCUUAUUCCGAGGUUAGGUUAAACCGGCCCUUGACGUGACGUUUCUCUUCGAGUUACUCGAGUUACCCGACAUAAAGUGACGAUUAGAAAAUUCGCGGCGCUACGUAUUCAUCGUUUUACUCCGUCCUCUGGAAAAAUACUUGCUCCAACUGAUAACCGCAAGCUAGCGCGUAAUUCCAACCCCGUUUAAAUCCUCGAUCAAAUGAACGCGACGUUGAAGUGCGCUCGGAAAUUUUACUCGUCGAGAGUAGCUUCGGAUCGAUCAAUCAGGACGAAGGAAUCUUCCGUCCCUUCGUCCUGAUUGGUCGAUUGAAAAUUGUUUUGCUUCAGGGGGUAAGAUUUUUGAACAGCACCUCGAAGGAUGAAGACUUUUGAAUUUUGCACAAGGGGCCGUUAUUUUUUGGAAGAGCGAUAUGGAGGGAUGGAGUCGGUGUUAUUGUAACGUCACUGACAAUCAGCUGUGAUUUGACGUGAGUAAUGUUACACCGCACGAGGUAGAGGUACGUCACGUAAUCGGCGACUGACAGGUCGGUCUCGUGGAAAAAAUACAGAGAAAGCGUAGUCUUGAAAAAAAAAAUAUACUUGGGAUUGAAUUUUGCAUAUAUAUAGAAUGUGGCGGGAAAAAGAAACGAGAGAAUGAGAGAAGCUGAAUAGGUUAUCUCUUGAUCCCUUGAUCUUCCUGAUUUUUUAAUUUCUCAAUCAUCUGUAUGCAAAGAUCACAAAGCUGAGCUGCACUUCUCGCAUUCUUGUAUUUAAAAUAUGGAACCGGCACUCGUUUGAGCUUUAUUUACGAUAUCGAGGAAUGAAAACAAAGUGAAAAAGAUAUGAACGAAUCUUUGAAAGUUAAGCUCGAGAAAUGAGGAUUCGACCGAGACGAGAAUGUGACGUCGGAGAGGGACUAACGUUGUGCAGUUGACAACUUUUUCGUCGUGGAGGAAAACCGAUUGGAGACACAUGAGGAGGCUCGACUGUGGAUUUCCCCUUCCUCGUUGUAGAUAGUUAGUACGACGACGUCACCCCAAGCUGAGGAGAUUCGAGCCGAAGACACGGAGUUGUAUGAGAAACAGGAAGAGUUUACACUUGUUCGUCGACGCGCGCGGAUCGUGUUAGGGCUACAUCGACGAGUAAUUUAGCGCUGAUUUUCAUCAAGUAAAUUUCAUUAUUGCAUCUACAUAUUAGCGAUAUAAGCCAAAUAAAGUGUUUCUGAAUAAAGGAUUCAAAUAGUGUAAAAACAGCUCUUUUUCAACAAUAGUUUUAGCAGUUACAAAUAAGAAAUUUUUCUUCCAACUUUUUAAAAAAAGCUGAUAAAUAACAAAAUCAUGAAUAAUAACUUCUGAUGCUUAGUCUAUAAUUACAAAUUCUUAUUUUGUCAAAGAACCAAAGUUCGAGUCUUAUAUCUUCUGUAUAUAGUUAAUAAGAUUGCAAGGAAGGCAUAAUUAUGAAUCAUUUAUUCAUGCUCACUUUAUCUUUUCUUAAAGUGUACUCUGCAACAUUUAUUUUAUAACAGUAUCAAUUUGCCUGAAAAAGUCGCGCGUUUUUAGUGUUGAACUAUAAUAUUGUGUCACAAAAAAAUCGUGAUUAUUACUCUUCAAUAAAGAUGUUUAAGAUUUAUUUUUCAAAAUUUCUACACGUGAAUAAAUAUUGAAUAGCGGUUUGAAGGAAACUUAUUGUUCUUAAUAUAGCGCUCGAAUUAUCUUUUCUUCUAUUAUUCAUAUCACUUUCUAUUUCAUAAAACAAAUAAGUUCAAUCUUAUCGAUUGAAGCAACGAGAUACGAUGUUUAGCGCGGACCUGAAUCAAGGAGAAAAAUUUAUCAGAGAGGAGUGGCUUUGACUUUUCAGACUCGUCGCUUGAUCGAAUUUACGAGGAGAUUGUCACAUGUUCUGAGAAAUGAUAACGAGUCAACAUCGUUAGUACGAGAGCAAGUUGGCUGAUAAGAACCCUUUGAUAGUGAUAGACCAGGUCGUGUCUGGGUCGUGUUUGUAGUGAUGACUUCUCAUGUGGCUCGUGUCGCUGUAGAAUGGGUAGUGGUAAUAAGCGAUGGUGGUGGUGAGUUUCUUGGCAAUGCUAGUAGCGACAACAGUGAUGUUAUUCCAGAGUCUAUGAAGCCAAGAUUACUGCUACUUUUCGUCACUUUGUGCCUCGUGAAGCUUUCGAGCUUCCCGCGAAAAGCUGCAAGUGAUUAAUCGCGGGGAAUACGUGGGGAUGUUAUAUGAUCAGGUUACUUGGUCGAAGAAUGCGCGUCAAAAGCAGCGCGAAGAUACUUUGUGCCCAUGGUUGAGUCUUGAUGAAGUGGCGAUUUAUGAGGAAGAUGCGCGUUUGAAGACCGAAGACCCGGAAGAGGAGGACGAGAAGGAGCGUGAAGACUCAAGGGGUUUAGGGAUGUCUGCUGUGUCGGUCAAUAAACUGCAAAUUUUGUGGGACCACUUUAUCCAUGCUGAACCCCAAAGUUAUGAGAAAUCAUCGUGGCUUGAUAUAUUUCUAGCAGAAUUUCUCGCGCAGAUUAAGGAAGGCAAAGACGUAAAAGAUGUUCUGUCUUUCUGUUCGCUUGGUGGUGGCGGCGUGUCUUCCCUCGUGGCCCACGAAUUACUCUCGGAUGUGCACGAGCUGUGCGGAAAGAGGAACGAUGGCAGCGAGCUGGUCAGUCUACAAAAGUACUUGGUCCAGGAUCGCGGAUGGCGUUACCUAGCUGUACUGCAUCUAUUGGGUGUACGCGGUUUGUCUUGCGGUCGCGAGUUGGUUACAUUGCUGGUUGCUCUCUAUCCAGUCGCGUUCUUAGAGGCUACUAUUUCGAAAGCUGACUCGUUCACCAUGUCGCAAAAGCCUGAAAGUAACGAAUCUAUCGGCGUUGGAUCGUCAACACGCAACCAGUACGUCAAAUUUCACUGCAACGACAAUAUCGUCGACACGGUAGACAUCGUUCUGCACGCGAAACGCAAAGCCACUAAGGGUAUCUCUCACGAGAACGGUGAUGCGUCAUCACGCGGAAAAGCCGCUCGUAGACGAUCUGUCGCCAAUGUUGCAAAGUGCCGUCAGUCCGUGAAUAACAAGCAAAUAAAAUCGUCGACUCUAAAAUCUCGACGCAACACACCCGAGAACGCGACGAGCAGCGAGUCUGAGUUACUGACGGACGGCAUCGAUCCAGCACGUUCUCUUACUCUGAAGAUCCGUCAGAAUCCGAUGGACUUUGAAUACUUUACGUCGAUCGUCAGAAGCGAUGAGGAGCAGAAAUGGCAGGCCGAGUUGUACGAGUUGCCACCUCGCCCUGUGAGAAAAACAUCGCGUGAUUAUAUCGACGAAAGAAUCCAGGAUGUAUUGAAUGCCAAGAUCAGUAACUUCGAGAUUAGUUUGCUUAUCAUACAACUGCUACAAGGUUCACGUGACUACGAUACACCCGCCGAACAGACACCAGCUGUGCAGGUUUUGAAAUUUGCUCUGGAUACGUUGUGGUCGUUACAAUCUGGCAUAGACGGCAAUAAUUUGAGCGGGACGGAAUGCGUCACUCUGAAAGCGGCGGCCGCCAGGUUGAUGUUGACGGCUCUAGAACGCGCUUUGAGAGCCGACGAACCUACCACGGCGGUGAUUCAAAAUGGCCUGUUGCCGAUGACUCUGAGAUUGCUGGAGGAUGCUUGCGGCAAACCGGUAAACGUGUUGGAACCGGAGGAAGGUUCACUAUUGCAGGAGUUUAUCUUCGCCACCAUUUACGGAAUUGUUACCUUUCUUUAUUGCCUGUUGCAUCAGCGCGGCAGCAACGUCGAUAAGCUAUCGGAUUUCCUUGAACUGUUCCGACUUUUCAUUGAGAGUCAGGACGGUAAACUCGUUGAAAGAACGAUAUUCGCGAUCGUCGAUUUACCCAGCGUUGAUACGACAAAAUCCAUAGUACGCGCCAAGAAGAUAAUCGACAUGAUAGGCGCGCUGAUCAGCGGAAUGAAGCAUGUUCGCCGCUAUCUCUCGCACGCCACGCAGUGCCACAGAACCAAGCACAGAUCCUGCAUUGAUAACAUUCAGAGUUAUCAUCAUUUGGACGUGCUCGGAGUACCAUAUUCCCAAUUAACUGUUGGUGUGGCUGAUAAACAGAUAUGCUGCAUCUCCUCGCUAUUCGCGACGCUCACGAGUCUACUGAAGAAGUCUCAUCUGUUCGCGAGCGAGCUGCAAGUGAGAUUGAUCAGGAUCACCACCGUCGCGGGUACGUGUUGUUGCUUCCCGCCCAAGGUACUCAUUUCGAGUGUCGUCGCCUUCUUGAAGAAACGCAAUUUUUCGACUUACGCGCCAGCUGUAGCAUUUCUUGAGCGUAUUUUCUUCAAAGAGCUAGGCGUUUAUCCAGUAACAGAUGUAUGCAGUACCUGCGUGAGGCCGGCGAAUUAUUCGUGGGAUUUUCUGGAGAUGUACGUCGAUUUACUAUGUCCUAGUGAUCCGAAACUGUGUUACGUCGUCAUGACGCAUCUGCUGCAAGUUACAUCCGGUUCCCGAUUUCACGUUAAGGAACAGCUUCUCCUCAGAGUCUUCUAUCCAGCUUUUCUGCGCGCUAAAGAAUGUUACACGAUCGAUAAUAGCAAUGUAACGGCAAAGUUUCUCUUGCAGUCCUGUAUGUCUGUUAUAUCGUGUUUAAUCGUAAACGCGCAGAUGUAUGAGAAAUUUAUGGCAAUAAACGGACUGCGCGAGAUAUUACCAUUGAUAGAAAAUGCGGCGUUUACUAGAAGCGUUUAUGCUCUUUUGGAAGUCACCGUAACUAUAGAGAUUUGGAAGACGCGUGGUGAGAAAUUCGAUAAUUUAGAAAGCGUCGAGAUGCCGGUCGCAACUAGGUAUCUCUUUGAAUCUCUCGAUAGAGAGACGAAUGAGUUAUUAAAUUGCUUACCGAGAAUGGAAGAAAAGACUGAUCAGCGAGGCGAGAGCAAAGAUACAUCCGACGCACGUCCUGACAAUCAAAAAGUUGAUCUGUCUCCUGUGAAAAAUUUAAAAACUGAUGAGAUGACAAUUGAAAGUCUACAGCAACUGCCUGAAAGUGAUAUUCACCGCGAACAAUUAGAGAAUAAGACUGAUAUUGUAAUAAAUUCGAAUUCAUUCGAGAAGCUUUAUACUCUUAUAGAACAAGUUGUUGAAGUGUGCGACGACCCGAACGUGUCGUUUGAAAGAUUAAGCCUGUAUCAGGCUAGCGUGGCUUGGAGAGCUGCUGCAGGUGUAGCUUUGUGCAGCCCGAAAUUUCGCACCGAGUUGUCCGUUCAUCCGGUAUCCAGGAAAUCGCUACGUUUAUUCAGGCUGUUAACUAUAGGCCUCGCUACGGACCGUAUUGAAGAUACUGGUAAAUCGGCAUAUAAGCUCCUCGAGGCCCUGAUUACAUGUUGUCUGAUAUCUCCGUUGUAUGAUUGUGACAUAGUUAUGGAAUUAAGGAAAAUAUUGAUGAAUACCGGGAUGAAGCUCGGUCGUGGAAUAGCUGUGAUAGUGGAUGCGAUAUUGAAAGUCUCUAUGCUGAAACCGGCACAGGAAAACAGUAUAUCUCAACAACCGCGUCCUAGAUUACCAACUUUGUCGUUGGAGAAUCCAUCGGACUACAGUGCCGAGGAUAGCAGUACCGGUGAAUACGUGACCGCUGACGAUGGAUACGAAGCGGAUGUCGAAGUACCUGAAAAGAGUUCCAACAACAGCGUCACUAAGAAGAGCAGUCCUCUUGGACUUGUAGUAGAACCGAGAGGUCACGCUAAUGCGCAUCCUGCUUUAUGUUCCUUGGCGAUAGAUCUUUUAAUUCACUUCAGCGAACAAGGUUUAGAUUUAGAGAGAAGUUCGAUAAUAACCAGUGGGUUGCGAAGGAUUGCCAACACGUGUCGAGAAAGUGCCUCAAGUUGCGCUGCCCUUGCGGCUUCAGGAACUAUUAUGAAAAUAUUGAACGGCUUUAAAAAUAUACUCACUAAUAAUGAUCCACGAUAUCGAGAUUUGCAACACGCUGCGUUGGAAGUUUUUACAUUGCUGGCGACACAGUCAAUCUCCUCGGCCGAGCUAGUUACAUAUCUGUCUUUCUUCAAAGCAGACAAACCACCGUUGUUACCCUUGCUAGAGCCAUUGUAUCACUUGGUGCUAGUGGCACGACCUCAACCGAAUUUUAUCCUAUCGUUCCCCGUGCAUACUGAUGUAACAACAUCGCUGAAGACGGAGCAACAUAAGAAUCAGGAGAAAGCUGAGAAUCUCGUGAAAAAUUUUAGAAAGAAACAUCUCGCAGCAGGAAUUUGCAGUCCGUGGUCUGUACAUGCGACGUGUCUACCCGUUGGUCCGGAACUCGCCUGGCCAGUAUGGUUGCACGGUUGUUCCGCUUCCAUGUGGCUAAGGGUAGAAAGAGGAAUGUCAACUGGCAGUCGUACAACAGCCUAUACCGCUUCUCCGUUAUUCGACUCGGACAAUGAGAGUCUAUCUGACUGGGGUAUUCUUUCUGACAAUUGGAAUCGGGAAGUUAUAGCGGGUUCUGUGUCGCCACCCACACCAACGUCGAUAAUACAUUUGAUGUCCAUUGGCUUUGAAUCGUUGGUUCUAGAAAUGUGGCUUGAUCUAAAAUCAGAUAAAUUAAUGUUACGACUCACUCGUCCGGACGACAAGAUGAACCGAACGAUCUCUGAAACUUCGAUAAAUGACAUGCUUCCUUCGGGACAUUGGCAUCACUUGACCAUAAACUUUAAAGAUACUGUCUUGAAUAAGCGCAGUGCUGUAGUCGAAGUUACGCUUUGGAUAGACGGUUGGAAAGAGGUCAAUGCCCAGUUACCAUUUGACGGUUUAUUGAUGAGAAAACCGGGUACCACGUGCAUUUUAUUAGGUCAAAUCGGGUCGAGCAGUAUUGGCGCAUGGUAUUUCGGAAAUUUAAUGGUUUUUAGAUGUCCAGUAUUCACGAAGGAACGUGCAUUGUAUUUAGCAAGUCUCGGACCAAAUUACACCAACUUGGCGGAUUGUAUCUUAAACACGGUGAAGCCUGAUUUUGCGCCCCUUAUAGCAUUCGGUGCACUAAACGAUGGUAUUCGUGAAGUGAAAUAUGAAGGAGGUAAAUUCGAUUCAAGCCGGCGAAAAUCUUACGGUGGUACUUACUUGAAAUACGCUGUUGAGACAGUGAUAUCAGAAUCGAAAAUUGACUGGGAUGUCGUUAUGGAUGCGACAAACUCGCAUCUUGGCGAGCUGCAAGAUAAUUUGCUUCUCAGUUACGAGGCUCAAAAUCCCAACAUCGUACAUCUAUAUCCUCAAGCCAUCACUAAUCCUGCUGUUAUUACGAGAAAUAUCUUUCCGGGCCAAUCAGGCUUUAGAAUUAUCUCAGCUCCAGAAAACAGAGUGUCACAGCAACCGCCUUUAUCGAUACCUCCGAUUGCAUCUACUUACUUAGAAAAUCAACAAUAUCGAGGACUCAUACCUGCAGCGAUCUUAGUAGGCGGUGUACCAGUAUUUUUAUAUCUUUUUGCCAGGGUAGUCGAAUUAAAUUCUACCGAAGAGGAACAAGCUCUGGCCCUCUCCACAGUCUUGCAUCUUGUUCGUAGUGAUUCAGAACUCUUGAAUCAAUACCGAUCGGAUGGCGGGACAUUACUGAUUCUUCGCGUUCUAGAGUCAUCUCGGUGCCACGCAGGUAGACACAUCCUGAAGGCGAUGCUGGAUGCGGCGUGCGACAGUUCGAUCAUCAUUAGAGACCUUGGCAAUGGUAGCUAUCCAGUUUCUCAGAAUUGCGAGGCUGUUAUCACGGAUCCAGAAUUGAUCAAGGCCGCGUUUACCGCGUGGAGAGCAUGGGCGAAAUACGAUACGUUAAAUUUGUUACUGCAAACGCUGCUACUUUUAUUGCGAGAUCAACAUUCGCAGCGUGAAUUCAAUGCGUCUCAAUUAAACAGAGUUGGAAUCGUGAAUACGAUCCUUACCUUGUGUAAGGAACACUUUAUGUACGAAAUAAACGAAGAGGUAAAUGCCGUAUUAGAUUCGAAUACUGGAAUCGCAAUUGUAGAAUUGAUGCGUGCUUUGAUGGGCGCACCACCGGAGUUUGCUCAUUUGGUCGCCAUUACUGAUUAUUUGGUUCUUGUUCAUCAAGCCUCAGAAACUUAUGUCACUCACUCGCGACAAAAUAUCUAUUUUAUGUUGCCGCAAUUUACGGAGAAAAAAACGAAUUUGAAAAAAAGCGAUAACGGUUCUAUUUUUUCUAGUGAUUCGAUGAGCUUGAUGGAAAACAGUAAAUUGAAUAAGGCAUUAACGAAUGAACAGAUUCAAAAGACUCGAAGUCCCAAAAGAAAAGAUCGUAAAAACAUGCCAUUAACUGAUAAUACUAGUGCUGGAGAGGACUCUGGAAUUGCAGCUAGUGAUGGAUCUACUCCACAAAGCAAUGAAAGACAAUCAACAUAUGCGGAUGAGAGAAGAGCUUGUCAAGGUUUAGUCUGCGAAGGACUCUUGUUGUUAUUGAGAGAUGCUGUAAGAGUAUUACCAGACUGUCAAGUGGGAUCGGUGCUGAAGCAUGUUUUAAGAGCUGAACUGUUGUUGGUUUUAGCCAAUGAUCCCGAUAAUCGCGUACGCACAGCAUUGAUCAAGCUGAUACAAACUUAUCUACAACGUGCUAGUGAUGAGGAAGUCAACAAGUUUAUAAAACAAAAGUAUUUCAUGCAUCUAGGAAAUCAGAUAGCUUUAUAUCCCACAAGCGAUUCAGUGAUUAUUGCUUUAGAGAACUUAGCUGUACGAAGUCCUACUUUGGCGGCGAUGCCAAUGUUAAUGGCAAUAAUUGCAAAGGCUUCAAUAUCUGAUUCAAGUAUAGUCAAGCCAUUGAUAUUGUUUAUAACUGAUGUAAUAGCAAAGAAUACGAACACCCUGAAGGUACUCUUAGAGCAAGGCUUAAUCGAAUCAUUGGUGCAAGGCUUGGUCGGAGUCGCGCAUAAAGGCAACUCGAUGUCUCUUCAUCGAGAUAUCCACGUGCUGUUCGUGACAAUCGCGACUAAGCUUCUAGAAUUACCUGGCAGCCAUCAAAUACAAGCGAUAUUAGAUCUACACGUGAUACUUGAUUACAUGGAAAUAUCGGAAAAGUUACGAUGCCGUGCGAGUUCGAUUCGUACGAUCGUGAGAGACGCACAAGUCGCGUUGUUUGACGGAGAGUUGGACGCACUCGUGACGAAAAUGUCGAAUCCCUCGGGAUUCCGUCUACGUAGCACGACUUCGUAUUUGGCGUCGGCAUCUUAUUUCACUUCAGUUCUUACGACGUCCAGCGAGCAGAGCGAUCAUGGAUCCCAUUCCUCCAGCUAUGGUAGCUUCCAUGCGAGCUCGCCUCCGAUACUACGCGAACCCAGUAAAGGAGAAUUGAACGAUCGUUUUCGCAUUAUCGUGACACGUGCAGUUGACUUUAUAACUGCGGCCGAUAUGUCAUCAUCUGUUAACGAAUUGCAACUAACGAAGAGGCUAUUUUCCAUCCUUUUGCAUGGUUUGUGCAAUCCGUUAGAAAAGAAAAAUAAUUGGAGCAAUACAUUUUCCAUUAGACCAGCGUUGAGAAAAUAUACAGCUAAAAUUAUGAUAUGGCUGCUGGAGCCGCAUCAGAGUACCAGUACGAGAAUGUACGCCGUCAGAUCUCUGAUGGAAGAACCAAGAGCUCGCGAAAUUCUAUCGUGCAUUUUGGAGGUUCAUCCACAGAUGGAACAAAAAUUUACCGUAUUUUUUUGGGACUUGCUGCAAAAACUGGACGAGAUGCCCAGUGCCGAUGCCAGAGUGUGCGUAGAGCUGAGAGAAGCUCUGCGCGUAUGGAAUCUCGCGAAAGGGAUAGAGCAAGCUAAUUCAGAAGUGUGGAACGACGAAUUAGCUUUGUUGCGUCGAGAUUUAGUCUUAGAUGAGGAAAUUUGUUUAGAUAAUUAUCCUGCAGUUCUAAGAAUCGGCAAGAGAUUCGAUGCGUUGGCAAAGCAAUUAAUCGAAAGCGCUAUGAAUAUAACACGUUCGGUUGUGGAAGAACAAAAUCGUGAGCGCAAGGUUUCGAUGGAACAGUUUAAACAUAUGCGAGCAUUAGAGGCUCAGACAGUGGCUAGGUGGAGAGAUAUAGCCAAACGAUUAACACAUGAACGGGCGCCGUGGCACUUUUCUGACAGUUAUCCGAAAAAUUGGGAAUUGGAUCCGACUGAAGGUCCUGCAAGAGUCAGAAUCAGGCUUCAGAGAUGUCACUUGAAUAUUGAUAAAAGAUUUUUCUUGCCUGAACAUCAAGAUAAUUUAGACUCUUCCAAUAUCGAAAUGCCGUUGUCGUAUUUAUUCACGAGUAUUCAUGAAGAUGCUAAUACUGCGGCUUUGAUUGAACGAUUACACACAAGCGAAAUACGUAAGAUGUCUCAAGCGAAAGUCGUUACACCUAGAGCCGAAUUAGCGGGAGAAGUUCUCAUUGGCGAGACAUGCGUGUAUUUUGUUCCUGAUAAUCCUGAUGUGCCGUUACAUACGGAUAUAGCACUGGGUGGUUUUGAUUUGGCAAUAACCGGUGGUACUGCUUGGCGUCUUGAAGACAUUCGCGAAUUGCAUAGAAGAAGAUAUCAGUUGCAAGAGAGAGCCAUCGAGAUCUUUCUCAUUAACGGUAGAACGUACUUAUUGGCUUUCAAUUCGUCCGAGGACAGGGAUGAAUUUGCGACCGAGUUAUCUGCUUGCAAUUUGCCCAGGCGAAUCCCCGGUGAUGAUUUGGGAGAGGCUCUAGCCUUGUGGAGAAGCGGUGCGCUCACUAAUUGGGAAUACAUUAUUUGCUUGAACAAACUGGCGGGUCGUUCGUAUAACGACUUGAUGCAGUAUCCCGUGUUUCCGUUUGUCUUGGCAGAUUAUAUCAGCGAUAAGAUUGAUUUGAACAAUCCAAAAAUUUAUCGAAAUUUCAAACGACCUAUGGCUGUGCAAGAUAAAAAGAACGAACAACAUUUUAUAAAUAAUUAUAAUUAUUUGAAGCAAACAGAAGGAACAAAUCCAAUCGCCUUAAAUAAAAUACCAUUUCAUUACGGAUCUCAUUAUAGUAAUUCUGGUACGGUGUUGCAUUUCUUGGUACGGCUUCCACCGUUCACUAGUAUGUUCCUAUGUUAUCAAGAUAAUAGUUUUGAUAUUCCUGAUCGAACAUUCCAUGCAAUAGCUACCACAUGGAGAUUAACUAGUUGCGAUUCCACAACAGAUGUGAAGGAAUUAAUACCGGAAUUUUUCUAUUUACCUGAAUUUUUAUUAAAUUUUGAAGGAUUUAAUUUUGGUGUUCGACAAAAUGGUAACAAAGUUGGAGACGUCGAAUUGCCGAAAUGGUGCGGUGGCGACCCGCGUCUAUUUAUAUUGGCGCAUAGAGCUGCAUUGGAAUCAGACAUCGUGAGAGAAGUAUUACCAUACUGGAUCGAUCUCGUUUUUGGAUUUAGACAAACGGGAAAACCAGCGGUAGAGGCUUUAAAUGUCUUUCAUCCUGCUACUUAUUACUUUGACGUGGAACAAAUAGCUGAUCCUUUAGAACGUCAAGCUUGGGACACGAUGAUACGAACUUAUGGUCAAACGCCUGCGCAGUUAUUUAGAGCUCCUCAUCCAUUGAUUCAAAAUCUUGGCAAUGUAACGCUUCCUAAUCAGACACACGUUAUCGAAGGAGUCAGUGGUAUAAAAUGGGGAAACUAUGUAGGCGCGCCCGGCAAUAAGCCCGUAUUAUGCUGGAACCUGAAGCACAAAACUCCAUUAGCAUCUUUAAUUCCUCUAGCAACCGGUGAUGUUUUUGGAUUGCCUAAUUAUACGACACUUCUCCUGACUUACACUAAAGAGAAAGGUGGUAGUAUGUUAAGCGGCAUGUCUGUCUUGGGUGCUGCAUUGGCAUCAUGGAGCGGAACAGAUGGAAUUGCUCGAUUAAAAUGUAAAAAGGAACAACCACCGAGACCUUUAAUUAAAUCCUUAGGCCUCGAUCCCAUCACGACAUUAGGAUCUACUCCAGAUUGUGGACAACUCUGGAUUGGACAUUUAUCAGGCAGAAUUACAGUGCAUACAUAUACUAUCGGAAUUACAGGCAAAAUCGAAUUCAAUUUAGCACCCGCAAUAAUACUUUUAGCCCAUAGAAGUCGAGUGACAACAAUAGCUUUAUCACGUGCGUUUAGUAUCGCUUGCUCUGGAGAUGCUAAUGGAGUCAUCGUUAUUUGGGAUUUAAACAGUCUAAUGUAUGUGAGGUCAAUAGUCUACGAUCAAGGUUAUACAAUACAUCUCUUGUGUAUCAGCGAAACACUUGGUGAUGUAGCAGUUACUUACGAGAUUCCUAGGUCAGAGGACAACGUAAGCGCCGAUCGAUCUGAAUUAAGAGUUUACACUAUAAAUGCGAAAAGUAUAGGCUCUAUCUUAUCCAAAAGACGUGUAACAGCACUUUGUUAUAGCAGUGCACCGGAAGGUAUUUCUGUCAAUGUUAUUGCAACUGGUUUAGACAAUGGAAUAAUAAGAUUAUGGAGCAGUUGGGAUCUGCAGUUAGUCAGAGAAAUUUCGAAUAACGUGAAAGAUAGUUGUGCAAUAAUUGCUGUUGUAUGGUCCCUGGAUCAGCAUCAUUUAUACGCGGUCACGGAGGACUCUACUGUUCUAAUUUGGGAAGGAUCUAAGCGGCUCAGUAACGGUACUCCGAAAUUCGUCAAUUUAACGUCAUUCUGACCUGUACAAUCAUCGUCCAAACAAUCUAAACCUGAUAUAAAGACAAAUGUCGUAUGAACUGAGAAGAAAGCUUGUGUAUAAAGAAAGAGAAUUAGAUUGGAAGCAUAAAAGUGAUGUUAUUUUCUAUAUUACGUUUAUUACGUUUUUCUUAUCUGUUUUGUUUUCUUUAUUGUUUUCAAUAUUAUUUAAUAGAUUAUUUUUGCGUUAUUAUUUAAGAGUUAAUUUUCAAUUAGUUAAUUACACUCUUGAAUCUUUUUUACUUUUAGUCAUGAUCAUGACAUGUAUUGAAAGCAAAAUGAAUGAUGUACCGAAGUAUUAUCUUAUUGAUUCUUCGAUUAUUAAUACAAUGAUUAGAUCCCUAGUUAUACCUAGUAUGAAUCAUUAUAUUUUUAUAUAUUUUUAUAUUGUACCAUAUAUA